GACGUAAUAGUUGGAGACUGUCUUGUCUUGUGAGGAAAUGGCAAAGAGAUACAACCCUUCCCGUUUGGGAAUAAGUAAGGGAGAUGGAUUGCCACCAGAACCAUACUUUCGAAAUUCCCCAUCUGCUGUAAAUAUGUCUGAUCAGGAAUACAAUCGCUUGUUGAUGCCAGCAUUUAACAAAUCGUCGGAGGCGACAAACAGUUUUCAUAAACAUUUGGUGAACAAAUUAGACAGCUUAAAUUCAACCAGAGCUACUAAACACAAAAAGAGUUUAUGGUCUAAUCGAAGAUCAGCUGGAGUGUUUUCGCUUUUCGCUUUUGGAAUCUAUCUCUAUACAAUGCAUGCCAUGAAACAAGAAGAAUUCUUGGAGAAAUUAGAUGUUAAUGUGACAAAGACAGACAUUAACAUGGCUAAAGGUCAACCUGUGGCGUAGUAGACUUACUUGUACACUGAACUUGUGUAUCUCUUCAAAUAGACAUCAGUUCUGGGGAUGUGAUUCCUAUAAUUCUGGAUGCAGAUUCAUCUGGACACAAGGACAUAUGACAGUUCGAUCUUUACAUUUAAGAAAUAUAUAUCUUUGAAAAUAUGGAAUUAGAUAAAUAAAUGAUUCCAGUAA